GGAAUGUGGGUAGUAGGGUAGCGGGGGAAUGAAGGCGCUCUCCCUGCUGGCGCUGGCUCUGGCGCUGGCGUCGCUUCUCCAGAUCCGCCCAGCUGCCGUCGCCAAUCUGUGCGAUGCCCUCGACGAUCGCCAACUCCGGAUCACGGGUAAUGUGUCGAGCGAGCUGAUUAUCAGGUUCCGGGAGUACAGGCAUGCGUCGAUCCACAAGCGAGCGCUGCUGGAGGCGCUCCACGGCGUGUCCGGAUGGGAAUGGAUCGAUCGGAACAACCCCGCGGCCGCAUUCCCCACGGAUUUCGGUCUUGUUCGGGUCGAGGAUGGGUUUGCUCCCGGAUUGGAGCAGCAGCUCCGGCGAGUGAGCUUCGUCUUGGAUGUCUCUCCACAGAUGCGUUUCACGCGCUCUCCUCUGGCCGAAGGGAAACCUCCUGGACGACUGCGCACUGGUUUCAGCCACGAUGAGCAAGAAGAGGAACCACUUCUUGGGAAUGUGACGCUCAGCAAGCGUCACCUUCUCAUCCAGAGGUCUCAAAUAACAUCCAUGUUUGGAGCUGAGAAGCUCUGGGCGAAGGGAUUUACUGGAGCCAAAGUCAAGAUGGCAGUUUUUGAUACUGGUGUAAGGUCGGAUCAUCCACAUUUUCGAGACAUUAAGGAAAGAACAAACUGGACAAACGAGGACACUCUGAAUGACAAUCUCGGCCAUGGAACGUUUGUUGCCGGUGUCAUCUCCAGCCAAGAUCCGCAAUGCCUCGGCUUUGCACCCGAUGCUGAAAUAUACGCUUUUCGUGUCUUCACUGACGCGCAGGUCUCUUACACCUCAUGGUUCUUGGAUGCCUUCAACUACGCCAUUGCCACAAGGAUGAAUAUUCUCAACCUCAGUAUUGGUGGCCCCGACUAUCUGGAUCGUCCAUUCGUUGAGAAGGUAUGGGAACUCACAGCCAACAACAUUAUUAUGGUAUCAGCCAUUGGAAACGAUGGGCCCCUCUACGGAACUCUGAACAAUCCUGCUGAUCAAAACGACGUGAUUGGUGUUGGAGGGAUCGAUCACAACGACCAUAUUUCGUCCUUCUCAUCUCGCGGAAUGAGCACCUGGGAAGUUCCUCAUGGGUACGGGCGCAUCAAGCCCGAUAUCGUGGCCUACGGACGCGAUGUUUUUGGAUCCAAAAUAACUAGCGGCUGUAAGAGCCUGUCCGGAACAAGUGUCGCGAGUCCCGUUGUUGCGGGUGCCGUAUGCCUUUUGGCUAGCGUUGUUCCUGAGAGCGUCCGGUGGAGUAUCUUGAAUCCGGCAAGCAUGAAACAAGCGCUUGUGGAGGGUGCAACUCGUUUAAAUGGUCCCAACAUGUAUGAACAAGGUGCUGGCCGUUUGAACUUGCUGGACUCUUACGAAAUUCUUGUCAAUUACCGUCCCCGUGCCAGUGUGAUGCCGGCCACCCUCGACUUUACAAGCUGCAAUUACGCAUGGCCGUUCUGUAGGCAACCGCUUUACGCUGACGCAAUGCCAACGAUGUUCAAUGCGACCAUUCUAAACGGCAUGGGUGUGAUAGGCUACCUGGAGUCGCUUCCUAUAUGGAUCCCCGGGCAGAACGGGCAACUGCUCAACGUUCGGGUGACGCACUCGACGGUGAUUUGGCCGUGGACAGGAUACUUGGGCAUCUACUUAGAGGUGACAGAAGAUGGUGCCAGUUUUACCGGUGUAGCGGAAGGAAACAUCACUUUCACGGUCGUCUCUCCGCCAGCGAAAGGCGAGAACCAGUCGAGAAGAAGCUCCGUUGUGCUACCCGUUAGAGUUGCAGUGAUUCCCACUCCACCAAGGGCCAGAAGGAUCCUCUGGGAUCAGUUUCACAGUAUACGCUAUCCGCCAGGUUAUAUACCGCGAGAUUCAUUGGACGUCCGGAAUGACAUUCUUGACUGGCACGCGGACCAUCUUCAUACAAACUUCCAUGCCAUGUUCGACGCAUUGAGAGAUGCCGGCUACUAUCUCGAGACAUUGGGAUCUCCAUUAACUUGCUUCGAGGCCAGGAACUAUGGGACUUUGUUGAUGGUCGACCUGGAGGACGAGUUUUACCCGGAAGAGAUUGACAAGCUUCAAGAUGACGUGGAGAGGCAUGGCCUGGGGGUGAUAGUCUUUGCGGACUGGUAUCACGUGGAUACCAUUGUCAAAAUGAAGUUCUUUGACGACAACACUCGAAGCUGGUGGACUCCUGCCACGGGUGGUGCAAAUGUUCCUGCCUUGAACGACCUGCUUGCACCAUUUGGUAUAGCUUUCGGGGAUAGCAUCUUGAACGGAGCCUUUUCCUUAGCAGGGGAGCGGUCUCACUACGCUUCGGGCACAGAUAUUCGCAAGUUUCCUGCUGGGGGGUUUAUACACAGGUUCACUUUGCAAGACAAUUCUGCUGCAAACAAAGCCGUCAGUACAGCUACAUCGAGGUCUUCUAUCCGAACGCAGGUAGAGUCACCAGUGCUUGGAGCUGUGACGGCUGGAAAUGGACGCCUAGCUGUUUAUGGCGAUUCAAACUGUUUAGACAGCAGUCACAUGGUAACAAACUGCUACUGGCUCCUGAGAAAGCUCCUGGACUUUACCAGCGACAACGUCUAUGAUCCGGCACUAUUCUCCUCUUCCAACGAGCUUUCCUCGCCCCUCGGCGGGCCGGACACUCAUCUGCCGUUACGCAGACCGGACGUAAAUCUCACGGGUUAUUCACUGGUGCUCGGCCACAAGAUGCAGUGUGGCAGUGACGCUCCGACUAGCAUCCGGCAAGCAGUGUACGAUGGUAACAUGGACAGACGCUUACACAGGUCGCUGCCACAACGCCAGCCAAUGGGCAACAAUAUCAACUUGAGCUCGGAAGGCACCAGGCCUGCAAACUUGUCCUUGGCCAAAAAGCAGAGUACCAUGCUGGAUGAUCGACAUCAGAGGCAUUACGCGAUUGGUAAGACUGCGCGGAAUCAAACCGGUCAUGUGGCGAUCUUACCAGUUUUCUGGACGCGUGAUGAGUUGGAGUCCCCAGUGCUUGUCGCAGUUCACUGGUUCGUCCCUCUGCUUUUGUGUAUAACAGGAUUCAUUCUGACACUGAGCUUGUGGCGGGUACGUCAGAGGAGGAGAAGAAAAGCUCGGAAAAACACGGGUACCCGCUUGUUGAUUUUCUGAGCUACGUUUUAAUUAUUGAAGAAGAAUAGUAUGCUUUCAACUAAACUAGUUGAUAUAUGUUUGAGACUAA